AUGGCGGAAUUACCUAAUUACUUUCAGGACAUGGUAAGGGCAGUUAAGCCAUCUGUUACCAACUCGGACUUAAUUCUGGACCACAUACACAGGUUGACAAAACCUAACAGCGCGCUGGCAGCUGCACCUAAAGAUGUGAUAGUAUGUUUCCAUUACUAUCACAAAAAGGAGGAAUUCUUGGGCGCAGUUCACACAUCUGGAUUACCUGAUGACUACAAAAAUAUGAAGAUUUUCAGAACUUGUCUGCACACACCAUGA